AUGGCGGCCGCGGCGGCGGCAGUGGUGGCAGAGCCAUGGCUGCACGGGCCCCUCUUCUCCCCCCCUCGGCAGAGAGGGCUCUCGUCGUCUUUCGAGAGGAAGUUCACGUUCAUUCGUACGGUGAAGCUCCACUCCGGGACCCCUCCCAUCCCUUCGCUGGUGCCCCUCUGCCCGUGCGCAGCCGGACACCUGGAUCCCGUGGCCGGCGAGGAUGGUGCCGGCUGUAGCCUCAUCUCUGAACCGAGCACGACUGGUGUCGUCAGUAAAGAAGGGGGAAAGGAUCGUCGGCGUGCGGUGAGAGUCGCUUGGGAGAAGCUGGUCCGCUGGUCUCGGUCAUGGCGAUCCAGGGCUAGGUCCGAUGUCUUGGAAAGAACUAAGAAGGUUAUUUUUAAAUUUCAUUUUUUACUAUAUCCUGCGUCUCCAAUUUUCUCCGGUCUUGGACUGACUACGUUUGUCACGCAUUUUUUCCUUUCGGAUCAGGUUGUGGUCCUUGGAGGGGGAUCUUUCGGAACAGCUAUGGCAGCUCAUGUCGCGAGCAACAAGGCCGACAUGGAAGUUAACAUGCUUCUCCGGGAUGUUGAUGUAUGCCGGUCUAUCAAUGAAACACAUUUCAACUGGUAAAGUAUACACCAUCAGAUCCUCACUUCCGUAUGAAAGUUUUUUUUUUCUUUUAUUAUUACUAAUGUAACACUUCGAACAUCUUCGAAGCUGAGCCUACUAAGAUUUUUCAUUAAUUGAUAGCAAGUAUUUCCCAGAGUAUAAGCUGCCAGAAAAUGUUGUUGCGACAACCAAUCCAAAGCUUGCUUUAUUAGGAGCUGACUUUUGCCUACAUGCAGUGCCAGUGCAGGUAAGCCAGGAUCUUGGUCUUUCAGGUGAAAUCUUCUCGUUAUCUUUGAAUCCCUUUGAGAAAUUUUUGGGUGCUCCAUGGAUUGGUGAUCAGAUCUGCUUGUGUGCCACAAGUACUUUGUAACCUACUUUGUUCUAUGGCAGUGUAGUUCAUCAUUCCUCGAAGGCAUUUCUGAGCAUGUGGACCCAAAUUUACCGUUCAUAUCUCUUAGUAAGGGCCUGGAACUCAAUACCUUAAGGACAAUGUCUCAAAUUAUUCCACAAGCAUUGGGAAACCCUCGCCAACCAUUUGUUGUGUUGUCGGGGCCGUCAUUUGCGCUGGAGUUGAUGAGGAAGUUACCCACAGGUUGACCGUCCACUUCCAAUUUGCAAUGCCAUCGUCAUUUCUAUCAUGGAUAUAUCAUGUUGCUCUGCAUUCAAUUUGAUCUGUUGAAGUAGAUUUGUAUUCAAAAGAUAAGGUCUGAUGAAACAUUUAUAUCUGUCAAAGAAUAAGCAGUCUAUUAUGACAAACGAACUACACAUUGGCAUACUUAGGUUCAGCUUUGAUUUGUUCAAGAUCCACGCUGUGCUAUAUUGUUCUAAUCAUGAGUAAUCUUUUUACAGCUAUGGUUGUGGCGUCAAAGGACAAAAAGAUGGCAAGGGCUGCUCAACAGCUUUUAGCUUCUCAACGUUUAAGGAUCAGUUCCUCUGGGUAGGAAAAUCGCGUACGGUGUGUUAUGGUUGUCUGCGUUUUUAAUUAUUAUUUAUUUACUUGUAUGUGAUUAAGGAGAUCAAUCAUAUCUGUGCAAUUAUCAGGAAAAGUUGGAUCUGCCCGUAGGGUAAUCAUCUUUACGAGAAGUGGUGGAAGGGAACAUGACCUGAUGAGCAUGAAUCGAACUGUUUAGGAAGCAUGACCUGAAAGAACUGACGUGGUAGCUUUUAGAGCAUAUCUUCAUCUGACGCUCUAUCGGAAAUUGACUGUAGGACAAGGAAAUUAUCUAAACGGUCACCACCAGUGCUAUGCUCUUUCUGUCCCCUUGAAAAACAGCCCAGAUGCAGUUACUUUCCGUUGGAUUGUUCUCAUUUUCAGUAAAUGAAUUUGAUUACUCGUUAAAAAGGAAAUGCUGGUAGAAUCUGAUUUUCCAUUUUCCCUUACUCUCGAUUACUUAGCUCACUCUGAAAAUGAUACCGUGCAGAUGAAUAAUAGAAUAAUAUUUUCUGUUUUUUUUUGGUCUGUUUUUUGGUAUUUAUCUAUUAACUGCGCUUCUUUACCUUAGCAUAUUUAUUCAAUUUGCCAUAAUGAGCUUAGAUUGAUGGCAUUGACGGUUGUGUAAUCUGGAACCUAUUGUCCUCCAGCGAUGUGACAGGAGUAGAAAUAGCUGGUGCUCUAAAGAAUGUGCUUGCAAUAGCCGCAGGGAUUGUAGAGGGGAUGAAUCUUGGAAACAACUGCAUGGCAGCUCUUGUUUCACAGGGCUGUUCUGAAAUAAGGUGGUUGUCCUCCAAGGUAUCUGACUCCACCCAGUUUAAUUCCUCUUAUCUUCUACUUAUUGAUGAUUAGUUGUCGUGCCAUGCUUGUGAUAUUAUCUACUUCGCUCCUAGCAAUCAACCUGUCCGCGUUCAAUCAUAAAUUUCUAUGAUGUAGAGAUCUGAAAUUUCAUACUGAUUUUAAUUUAGCCCAACAACCAUUCAGUCACCAAAAAUGUUAUUUAGGGAUAUUUCGGAUACUAUCAUUCACGUUCAGCGUUGAUUUUAUUUUGCAUUAUUUUCUGGGUCCAACAUGGAAAAACUGGGGAAUUACUCAUCAGACCUACUUCUCCCUUUCACACCCUCGUAACACAGUUUCAGUAGCCCUGUAUAUACUGAUAGAUGUAGAGCUAGAUGAUGCUCACUAUUUUAUCAAUAACCUUGCGCUCGCUUCGUUUUUCGUACAGUUCAUACCAAAUUAGUAUACAACCAAACCUGCAAUUAGCAUGAGUCUGAUAUUGUCUUAUUUUUCAUGUGAAGAUGGGAGCAAAGACAGCGACUCUUACCGGUUUGUCAGGAUCUGGUGACAUCAUGCUCACGUGUUUUGUCAAUCUUUCAAGAAACAGAACACUCGGAGUUCGUCUAGGAUCAGGAGAGAGGCUUGAGGAUAUACUCUCUUCUAUGAAGCAGGUUGCUUACAACCCAAGUUCUUCUUACCGUUGCUUCUAUUCAUGGAGUAAUGACCAUAUCUAAGCGUAGGUCGCUGAAGGUGUCUCAACUGCUGGAGCUGUUAUUGCAUUGGCUCAGAAGUACAAUGUGAAAAUGCCAGUUUUGACGGCUGUUGCACGCAUCAUUGACAAUGAAUUGACUCCAAAGAAAGCUGUUCUGGAGUUGAUGAACCUUCCUCAGGUCAGUAAUUGUACUCUUAUAUCGCUUUUUACCGCAUACCUUUUUAUCCUAUUUCUUGCAUUUAAAAAUUAAAAAAAAACUUGUUCAGGAUGGUGAAUGAUAAUAUUAUCAUCUUUCAAUUAAAAAUUGAUGAAACAUCUAAGUUAAUCAAGGAAAUCAUAAGGUUUUCUUCAUCUAAACUUCACUCAUUCUUGACGAUAUUCUUUCUCUAAAUGAGGCAAAAAGAGCACUUAGAUGAUGAACAAACACGUAGCUAUCUACUGGUUUCAGCAACAAGUUGACCAGAUCUUAUGUGGGUUUAUGAAGGGGAUUUUAACAUGUUUAAUAAUUUUAUGUGAAAGUAUGUCUCUACGUUUGCUCCUCCUGGUGACUUACUUGAGUUCAUGUAAGUGGACCAUUCUGUUUGCCUGCUCAAAGCUACACCUGUCGAUUAUCGAAAGAAAAUGAUAGAACGGUGAUGCUCUUUACUGGGGGUGUAAAAAUGCAUAUUUUCCUUUGGUUCAUUUGUGGAUUGAGCUUAUGCAACUGGACCAUAUCAUUUCUAUACUGAAGGUAGAUUUCUGAAGUAUCUAAACAAAAUGACGGAAUGCUGAAUUUUUGAUAAUAUAUGACGUUUAGUAACUUUGUAUAAAAAUAUAUCUUUUUUUUAUGAUUAUUACUUGCUAAUGUUAGAUAUGUGAUUAAAUCCGAAGAACCAGGAAGAACGAGGAUUAUGUAAGAUAUAGAAAAUUCAGGGGGUAAAUUCGAAAAAUUAAGAAAAAUAUAAACUUAUACUUAAAAACCCAGAAAACCUUAGUUUAGAGUGGUAACAUUUUAUUAAAGAAUAGUGUCUUAGUUUUUUUUUUUUAAGGCGGGUUUAUUGUAAUAAUUAUGCUAUUUUAAUUGGUCUUCUGGCUCACUCCAUCAUCUUUUCCUUUGAAGGUGGAAGAGGUUUGA